AAAAGUAAAUAAUACAUCAUUUAAACCUAAUACAAAUAUAUCAAUGAAAAAUGAUGAAAAAAUUAUAAAAUCAAACGAUAAGAUAUUAAAAUAUCCAACUAAUAACAAAAUUUACAAAGAGGCUUCAAAAAAAAAUCAAUCCGAAAAGAAUUUAAAACCUAAAUCAAAAUUAAUUGUAAAUAGAGACAUAAAAAAUAUUCAAAAAUCAAAAUCAAGACACACUGGUUUGAAAUCACGGUCAUUAUCUUCUCUGUCAAUAUUAACGUACACCAAAAAAUUAAUUAAUAACAUACAGUCUAAACAAGAAAGAUUAAUCGAACAAAAAAAAAUAAAGUUAUCUAAAGACAAAGAAUUUCAAAAUCAAAUUCAAAAUAUUGGCAUAAAUAAAAAAAAACUGUAUGAUAAAACCAAAAUUUUGAAUGCAAAAAGUAAUAGUGGAAAAAAAUUAAGAAAUAACAAUAUAGUGCCAAAAAAAGUAAAUUCUAAAAUAAAUAUAGAAACUUCACUAAAAAUAUCUAAAUCACCUGAAAAAAAAGUGAUACCUUUUGUAAAAAAUGCAUCAAAAACCGAUAACAUACUUUUGAACCAAACAGAGAAACCUAUAAAAUGUUCAAAAAGUAAAAAAACAGAAAAAAUAACAAAUUGUAUAUUCCCAAACGUAAAAAAAUUAAAUCAACCAAAAGAAAAUAAAGACAAACAUUCGUUUAGCCAAAAAAUGACAAAUGAUACAAGUAACACUUGUAUUAAUAUUAAUAAAUUUGAAAAAGUAAAAUCAGAAAUUAAUGGUCAUUAUAAAAGCUCAGACUUAUUGAGUUUUUUAUCUGAUAUCGUAAAAGAAUUAGUCAACAAUAUUCAGUAUACCAAUUCUGCUAUUAAUAUAAAUAAAUACAAAACAUCGAUUAAUCAAUUUGACUGUUCUAACGAACAAAAAAUUAAUUACAAACAAUUUAACUCGCAUAUAGAAACCAAUAAAUUGGUUGCGUUUCAAACUUCACUUAGUAAUGAAAUCAGUAAUUUAAAUAAGACAUUUAAAGUUAGUGAUUGUGAUGAUUUGUCUAAAAUGUAUGUUAAUACACAGAAAAAUUCUCAAUUUGUAAUGAUAGAUGUUAAUGAUGACACUAAUAAUUCAAAUCAUAGUGAAAUUGAAGAAGAAAGCAAAAAUUCUAACAAAUCGAUGUUUUCUCAGAAAUUCAAAACGCUAACGAAUUUUGCGACAUCUAAAAAUACAGAGAAGUUCACUACACAUUCAUCGCUUGACAAUAAUUCGAUCAAAGAGAUCAAUCAAAAACCUCUGACAGAAUCAAUCAUAUUUUGCCAUUCUUGUGGGUGUAAAUAUUUGAUUACUUCAGCAAAAUUUUGUUCAAAUUGUGGAAUACGUCGAUGUAUAGCUCCAUAAUUAAUUUCCAAUUGGAUACGUCAAACAAUAUAGUAAUAUUUAAGAUUUUUACAUAAGAAUUUUUUUUUUUUUAAUUAAAUAAGUUUAUACAGAAUAUUAAUCAUAAUAAACGAAGUGUAUUUGUGUAUUUUACUAAUAAUUUCAAAUAUUUUAACUAUUUUAUCAUGCAAAAAAAUAUAAAUAGU